AUGAUGAAGGAUCACCAGCCUCUCACAUCACCAGUUAAGGAAGAGAGAAGAACACCGGAGAGAUGUCCCAGUCCUCUUCUUCCACAGGAUAGUUCAGAAGAACAUCACAAUGUCCCACAGGAUGAUCAGGUAGAUGGAGAUAAGAACAUCUUGAUGGAGGAUCACCGGUCCCUCACAUUACCAGAUGACUAUACCAGGAGCUCAGAAGGAAAUCUAUCUUCAGAUUUUAAAGCCGAUGAUGAAGAACAUGCCAUUAUCCCAGAUAUUUCCACAGACCUUAACUGCAAAGAUCCAUCAUCUGAUCCUUUUAAACAGGUUCAUUCUGAUUCAUUACAGACUGUAACACAAAAUAAAAAUCUUGGAAGGGGUGAUGAAUAUCAAAGACCAAACAUGGGGGAAGAACCUUUUUCAUGUUCAGAAUGUGAGAAAUGUUUUAAAUAUAAAUCAGAUCUUGAUGUACAUCACAGAAGUCACACAUGGAAUAACACAUUUUCAUGUUCAGAAUGUGGGAAAUGUUUUACUAAAAAAUCAGCUCUUGAUGUACAUCAGAGAACUUGCACAGGGGAGAAGCCAUUUUCAUGUUCAGAAUGUGGGAAAUGGUUUCGAGAUAAAUCAGGUCUUGUUUCCCAUCAGAGAACUCACACAGGGGAGAAGCCAUUUUCAUGUUCAGAAUGUGGGAAAUGUUAUUACCGAAAACAAGAUCUUGUUAAACAUCAGAGAAUUCACAUAGGGGAGAAGCAAUAUAAAUGUUCAGAAUGCGGGAAAGGUUUUUUUCAAAAAGCAUCUCUUUGUAGACAUCAGAGAAGUCACACAGGGGAAAAGCCAUUUUCAUGUUCAGAAUGUGGAAAGUGUUUUACCAUGAAAUCAUAUCUUUAUAUACAUCAGAGAGUUCACACAGGGGAGAAGCCAUUUUCUUGUUCAGAAUGUGGAAAAUGCUUUCAUCAUAAAUCAUACCUUUAUAUACAUCAGAGAGUUCACACAGGGGAGAAGCCAUUUUCAUGUUCAGCAUGUGAGAAAUGUUUUACCAACAAAUCGGCUCUUGAUCUACAUCAGAGAGUUCACACAGGGGAGAAGCCAUUUUCAUGUUCAGAAUGUGGGAAAUGUUAUCACCGAAAACAAGAUCUUGUUAAACAUCAGAUAAUUCACAUAGGGGAGAAGCAAUAUAUAUGUUCAGAAUGUGGGAAAGGGUUUUUUCAAAAAGCAAAGCUUUGUAGACAUCAGAGAAUUCACACA